AUGGAAAUUGAGAAGCUCGAUAUUGAUUCAAUAUUUGUAAAAUAUACAAUAAAUGAAAUACGUGAUAUUGAACAAGAAAUUAAAGAUGAUAUGGAUCGAAAAAAAGAAGAAUUACGAUCAAUGGUUGGAGAACGAUAUCGUGAUUUAAUUGAAGCUGCUGAUGCAAUUUUUGAAAUGAAAACAUGUGCAAAAGGCGUCGAACAAUUUGUACAUUUACUCAAUGAUAAAUGUGGUAAAAUCGAUCAUACAUUAGUAACACAAUCAACUUCAUCAUCAAAUUCAAAAUCGGAUAGACAAUCAUUUAAAUUAACAAUUGUUCUAUCAGUACAAAUUUUAACAGAAACACGCCGACGAUGUUGGAUGUUUCUCGAAGAAAAUAAUUUCGUAGCAGCAGCUCGUCAGUAUUUAUUGGCACAACAUAUGGCAGCUUCGCUAUCAUCAAGUAAUGAUGAUGAACGAUUAGAUGCUGAUUCACAAAAAGCUAUCGUAGCUGCUAAUCGAUUAUGGGAUCAAACUCGACAAAUGAAAAAAACUAUUUUAAAGAAAUGUCGAUUAUAUUUAAAGAAUACGGAUGCUGAUGUUGAAAUUCUUGCUAAUGCUCUAUCAACUCUUAUCGCAUUUGGUAAUGAAUCAAUCGAACAAAUAUUAAAAGAUUUUCUCGCUGCUAAACUGGAUACAAUCAAAGAAUCGUAUCAGAAUGCUAAUGUCAAACAAAGUUCAAAAGAUACAGUUCGACAAUUACUUGUUGUUUUAAUCAAUACUAUUUUUGAAUUAGAUAUACUCUUCAGUAAAAAUGAUGAUACUACUGAUAAAUAUGAUUUAUUAAAGAAAUAUAUUUCAACGUUUUUUAAUACAUCAAAUAGUGAUAUGAAUUUAAAAAAUAAUAAUAUUUUAUCAUAUUCUCAACAACAAAUGUUAAAUGUUCAAGAAACAUUUUUUAAAAAUUGCGAUCCUGUAGAUCUUACGGAAUAUGAAUCUCAACAACAACAACUUGUUCAAAAUGCUGUCGAAAACUGGUUGAAAACAGUAUUGGACGUUGUUAAAUCAGGUCUGAAUGAAUUACUUAAUCAUAUAACAUCACUAAAACCAUUACUUCAUCUCAAAUCAAGUCUUGUCUCAUUAUUAACAGAAGAACGUAUGAAAAAUUGGUCAGUAAUAUGUAAUCGAUUAUUAAAUGGUAAUGAUAAAGAAAUUCAAUUAUGGAAUAAUUUAAUUAAAAUACAAUUACGAACACGUGCUAAAGAAGUAUUACAUGUUCGUUUUGAUCAAUUUAAUCAAACAGCGAUACAAAAAAUUGAACAUUGUCUUGAUGCAUUUCAAAAAUCUGCAAAUAAAAAUGAGAAGCAUUUUUCACGUGAAUUUAAUGUUUUACAAUAUAUAUGGAGUGAUAUUGAUAAUAAUAUUCCAAGUGAUUAUGUAUGGACACCAUCACAAAGUCGAAUACCAGUUGGUGAUGCGAAAUUUUCAUUGAAAGCUGUUGCAAUUUCAAUGGAUCUUCAAAGUCUAUGUCGAGAAUUAGAUGAUGAACUACGACAAAUACUUGAUGAUGUUAAUGAAUUUUCUAUUGCGGAAUUUUCUACAAUAUCAUCUUUAUCAGAUACAAUAUUAUCAUCAUCAUCAACAAAUAAUAAUAAUAAUAAUGCUUCAAUGUAUUCCGAUAGUGGUUUUAUUGAAGAACAUUUAGAAGAAUGUGUUAUGAAAUUUUGUACAACAUUUCUUGCACGUUUACGACAAAUAGCAAAUGAUAAUGAAAAAAUUGGAGAUGAAGAACAAACUUUAAAUAGUUUAAUUUGGCUUGGUUCAUGUGCACGUGCGAUACCAAUUGUUUGUAAAAAUCUUAAAAAUUCACUUGAACUUGUAACGAAUAUGACUGAUUCAACAAAUAAUACUUCAAUGGAUAGAAAAGUACGAGGUAUUUCACAACCAAAACGAACACUUGAAAAAACAGAAAAAACAUCAUGGUUAAAAACCCGUGAAAUGUUUAUGACAACACACAUUGAUUUAUUUAAGCAAUGGAUUAUUCAUUUAAGUGCGAAUAUUGAUAUGCAUUUACGAAAUAAAUUAUCAACAUUUCUUGAUGAUAUUCCCACAGUUCUUUGGAAUAAAAUUGAAAUUGUCGAAACUCUUGAAACUGAUAAAACAUAUAAAAGUGUUAUACGUGUACCAAUGUAUUGUACACCAUUUAUUGAAGAACUUCUAUUUUAUUCUUGUCAACAAAUAAAUCAAGCACUAGCACAUGGCCUCGACAAAGAAUUAUCAAGUGAUAUGGCCUAUCGUUUAUUACAAACAUUUUUAAAUGUUUAUGAAUCAUGGUGGUUAAAUGACGCUCAAAAACGAAUAAGUCAAAAACGUAUCCAAACACGAAUUAUUCAAAUCGUUUAUGAUCUCCGAUUUGUUCAUAUGUUACUUGAACGUAAAGAUAAUACGAAUAAUACAAAAGAUAUUAAUGAACGUUUUUUUAAAUUAAUUGAAAAUAUUGAAAGUGAAAUUGAUCCAUUUGAUUUAAAUGUUCUUUCACCAUAUAUGCAUGAUCAUUUACAACAAAUUGUUCCUCGUUCUUCACUUUUAUUUGGACAUUUAAUAACAAAUGAUCGUCUCAUUCCAUCAAAACCACUUCAAAUGAAUACUAAAGAUACAAACAACAUCCUUUCACUUUCAUCAUGUUCUCAACGUUUUUCAUUACUACCGAUAGCUACUAAUCUUUCGUCAACAUCAACAUCAUCUGGUCAAAUAAUAAGUUCGAAAGGAACUAUUCUUAAAUCGAAUAUUAUUCAUGAGCAUAAUAAUAAUAAUAUUAAUGAUAAUACAGAAAAUGAUUCUGGUUUAGCAUCAUUUCGUCCAUUAACAACAAAUGUGGCUGAAGUUGCAACAUAUUAUUCGAAAUGGUUUCAAAAUAUGGUCAAAUAA